GGUUUCAGGACAUUUCAAGACCUGCUUCCCGUCAUUUGUUCUUCACCAAAGUGCUGUGGAACCAAGUUAUGUCCACUGCUGCUCUAGUAAGCCUGGUCAGAAACGGAGGGCACCAAGCGAGGAGGGUGCUGCUGACAUCCUGCCUCCUCCAAGACGACAGCCGGUGGACAGCUGUGUGCCAGAGUUCCACUACUGACCGCAGAGCGUCCCGCUUUGACCUGGAUGGGAGCGGCCGUCCUGCCACCUGGGACUCCUUUGGCAUUUGGGAUAACCGCAUCGACGAGCCCAUCCUUCUCCCGCCAAGCAUCAAAUAUGGGAAGCCGAUCCCCAAGGUCAGCCUGUCGAAUGUGGGCUGUUCCAGCCAUAUUGGGAAGCGAAAAGAAAACGAAGACCGCUUUGAUUAUGCCCAGCUGACCGACGAUGUCCUGUAUUUUGCUGUUUAUGACGGGCACGGAGGGGUGGCAGUAGCCGACUUCUGCAAUAAGUAUAUGCAAAAGUAUAUCAAAGAAUUCCUUGCUGGGGAGCGGAACAUGGAAAUAGCAUUGUUCAAAGCUUUUGUAGAAAUAGAGAAAGCAUAUGAACGGCAUGCUCACUUAUCUGCUGAUGCUACCUUGCUGAGUGCUGGGAGCACGGCAACCGUGGCCCUGCUGAGGGACGGGAUAGAGCUGGUGGUGGCCAGCGUCGGUGACAGCCGUGCCCUUCUGUGUCGCAAGGGGAAAGCUCUGAAGUUGACCAUUGAUCACACUCCUGAGAGGAAGGACGAGAAACAAAGAAUCAAGAAAGCUGGUGGCUUUGUUGCCUGGAACAGCUUAGGACAGCCUCAUGUGAAUGGCAGACUUGCAAUGACCCGGAGCAUUGGUGACUUGGAUCUUAAGAAACAUGGUGUGAUUGCAGAACCAGAAACGAAAAGGAUUCAGCUCCAACAUGCGAGUGACAGCUUCUUGGUCCUCACCACAGACGGCAUCAACUUCAUGGUGAACAGCCAAGAGAUCUGCGACUUUGUUAGCCAGUGUCAUGAUCCUACCGAAGCAGCUCAUGUUAUUACUGAGCAGGCCGUACAAUACGGGACGGAAGAUAACAGUACUGCCAUUGUUGUGCCCUUUGGAGCCUGGGGCAAGUACAAAAACUCGGAGAUCAGCUUCUCGUUCAGCCGGAGCUUCGCCUCGAGUGGGAGAUGGGCGUGAGGGUCUUCUGGAGCCGUGCGUUGAACGUGCUGUGAUGUGGGAGGCACACAAGAAGAGAGCUGACCUGUAGAUAGGCCAACACAACUGUCUCGUCCAUCUUUCUUCCCAGCCUAGCGCUUUCCAUUUGGGUAGCAGACUGUUGUCAUGGCGUUGCCUUUUAAUCCACAGGCCAUUAACUGCUUAUUUUAAUCCAACAACUUUCCCUUACUCUUUCGUCAAGGGGUAGAGAAAGAUCCUGGUUCUGUGGUCGGCAUCCGCCUAUGGAUUU